UUUCAGUGAUCAACAAAGGUCCAGUAGAUGUUAACAUAUCCAUACAAUGACAUACGGAUGCCCGUGUGGCCACACUAAUUAUUGUCAGCGGCUGGGGGUGAUAUGGACUCGCAGAGAAAUGCAUCGUCCUGCCCUUCUACAUCUUGAAUAGUGGGAGUCAGUCAUGAACCGCUGCAAGGUGACGCGUCCUCUGAUUUCAACCGAAACUUCAGCCUAGACGCGCCGUGUUAUUUAUCACCAUCUGAACCUCGGUCCAACAGUACCCGCUCCUUCCUUAUCUAACAUCAGGAUCGGGACCAUCUUGCGCAGUGGUACAGUGAACGGAGCAAGCGGUGACAGCGGCGGCCACUCCGGGGAAUGUCGACUGGCCGUCAGUCCUGACAUCGGCCUCUUCUGAUCACAUACACCAGCCGAAUGGGGUCCAUGUAUGGUCAAUGAAGUGUCGUGGAGAGCACCAUGGAAGUGUUUUCAGUUGAACAUCUGGGUGCGAUGAGUGGCGCCUGUAAGCACUGUGAGCUCCACUGACAAACAGGCACAGCUGUUCUCCAUACCUGACAUCCGCCUCAAUCACCAGCCAGUCAAAUGCUCCAGGACAAUAAACUGGCCAAUCAUGGCAAGCAGGUCACCAGUGAAGGCCGAUCCCAAAUUCCAAGUGUAAAUCAGCAGGCUCAACAGCAGCAGGGAGCUGCUGGCAACCUGGGUCCAAAGGGCACCGGAACCGGGAGCCAUGGAGUCAAAACCAACCAGAUUUCCCUUGCCAACCCUGCGCUGAAGGCUGUCAGCCAAUCGGUGAGCACCGUAGGAGGGAUGCUGAAAACCAAAUCUAAGAGGGAGCGAAGUGUGUCUGUUGACUCUGGUGACUCAAGAAAUGCCAUUGCUUCAGCCCUGGAGACAGACGCCAAAGGAGAGGGUGUUAUGCGCAGUAAACGGCGUUGUGUUCUGGAGAAGAAACAGCCAUAUAGUGGAGAUGAGUGGUGCUCUGGGCCUGACACGGAGGAAGAUGAAGACAAGCCACACACUACAGCUCACCGGGAGCGUGGGCUGGCAGGCCCUGUCCAGGGGCUCUCUGAUCGCCUGUCUGCAGGACCCAUGUCUGAAACUGGUGGCCCUGUAAUGGGAUGUGUAGUGGGACCAGGGCUAAAGGCAGAGCUGCCCCAGCCUUCACAGCAAGUGGUGUAUGUUUUCACCACCAAGCUAGCCAACAGUGCUGCAGAGGCAGUAAUGAAAGGACAGACUGAUUCCAUUCUUCUGUUUCACCAGCAAAAUGUUCCACGCACCAAGCUGGAGCAGAGCCAGCCAUCAGGGAAGCUUCCUAACCUAUCUGACAAGGUAAACUCCAACACCUCUCCGCUAACAGGCACCCCUAAAUCCCAGAGCGGAACUCCACGGCCAGCAUCUGCAGGAGUUGGAGGCCCAUUGCAUCCUGCAGGGACACCGUCAUCAGCAGGACACUCGGAUAACGAAUCCUCUCAGACCAGAUCAGGCGGAGCCUCCAGCAAUAAUAGCAGUGUUGCCCAUAGGUCAGAAGGAGGAACCACAGCCAUGCCUGCAGGUCCAGUCAUAGGAACUGGGGAUGGGGAGAGUGCAGGGGGCAUACCUCUUGCUGUUUCUUCCUCAGAGAGCCCCUCCAUUCUUUCUGCACAUCUACAGAGUGAUACAGGACAGAGAAGUGGCCCAGGAAACACAGAUGGUCUUUCCAAAGAGCAGCUGGAACACAGAGAGCGCUCUUUGCAGACGCUGAGAGAUAUAGAGAGACUGCUUCUGCGCAGUGGCGCAAAUGCAGGCACAGGAGGCUCCAACAGCAAUUCUACUAAUAACUCAUCCAACCUAAAUAAUAAUAAUACUGAUAGAUGUGGUAUUGUUGAGGAUGGUAACAGUGGUACUAAUAAUUCUGAAAAUUGCGGUAGUGGUACUAUGCUGGCAUCAGCGUUGACUCCAAUGGCAGUGAUGAACAAAUAUGAAGAACCCCUCCAGUCCAUCAUGUCUCAAACACAGUGCCUUGGGGGGCCUGCACUUGACAGUCCUCAAAUAGAUUCUCACCAUAACCUAACACAACACCCCCAUCACCACCUGUCUUCACCUGGGGUUGACAUGGGUCCCUUACUUGGACCAGAAGGUCUGACCCCAGAGCAAAUGGCAUGGAGGAAACUUCAAGAAGAAUACUACCAAGAGAAGAGACGACAACAGGAAAUGCAACCCUCCACACAUCCCCAGCCCUUUAGAAUGAUGACAGAGAUGGGCAUGCAUGGAGGUCCCAUGAUGAUGAGAGGACCCCCUCCUCCCUACCACAGCAAACCUGGAGACCAGCAGUGGGGUCCUGGCAAUGUGAUUGGAGGAGGAAUGGGUGGAAAUGCACGAAUGAUAGACGUACACCAAGAGGGUCCCCGUGGCCCAAGGUUCCUGGGACAGAUGCAGAGAGGGCCACCUGGAGGUGGGGGCUUUCCUGGAAGUCCAGGGAGAGUUUUAUCAAUGGAGAAUCCAGUUCCCCAAAGGCCCACAAGGCCAGGAAUGAUCUGGUUAGAUGAUAUGCCCAACAACAUAGGUGUUGGAGGUCCUUUUCAUGGCUGCUACCCUGGUGGAUCUCCUCAGCACUUGCAAGGUGACCCAGAGCAUACGUUAACACGUGAGGAAGUGUUUCGCAUCAUGGAGAAACGCCAGAUGCAUGGCCUUCCCAGAUUUGAACUUGAGAGAUUAGCUAAACAGCAGCAACAGGGUAACCUGUCCUCAAGAAUUGUAGAUAAUCCUGGGGGCCUGGACUUUCCUAGUUUGGGAAUAGGCCGGGGUCCCUCCACUCGAGGUGAUCCUUUGGACUUUCCUGGAUCACGGGAGAUUAUGGGUUCUCCUGCAGGGGGUCCUCAGAUGAGAGACUUGAUGGAUUCUCCUCUGGGGAGCAACCUUACAAUGAACAUGAACCCACAGAUGAAUGUUCAGCAACAACAACAGAUGUUGCUAUCUCAGAAGCUCCGAGGAGGUUCUGCAGGAGGAGGGUCUAUAGGUGAGAUAUAUGGUCCAGGAGAGAUUUCACGGAUUAGGGCUUCACUGAACGGAAGAGGAGGAAAUAAGGGAAUAAUCCCAGGAGCUGAUGGCCCCUUUCAGUUUCCCAAUCAAGGUCCCUUUUCUGGAGGACAGUUGGAAGGGCCCUAUCUUCAAAAACCUGGUGCUGAGAUGUUUGGGCCUGACCAGCAAGCCCCUAAUCAAAUGGGCAGUACACCACGGCUUAGUCACAUGCCAGUGACUGGAGGCCUCAGGGGAGCAGACCUUGGUCCUAGGCACCCAUCUGACGUGUCAAUCAAUGUUAACCCCCUGACUUCUCCUUCAGUGCCUCCACCUCAUCAGCUCAAGUCACCAUCACUCAACCAAGAGCCAUCUCCUCUUCUGUCUUCUCCCUCUGCUCCGGGACUAAAGUCGCCUUCACAGAUCUCCUCUAUGGGGCACCACCCCACUCUUCCCCCAGCGUCUGGUGCUGGGACCCCUUCCUCUUCUUCCAUGAAGUCUCCCCAGAUAAUGGGGUCUUCCAGCAUUGGGCUGCACUCUCCAACUGCCUCUCCAGGGCGACUUAAGUCUCCUGCUAUGACUGUGGGAUCUCCAGGAUGGAUGUCUCCUAAAACAGCUCUUCCAAGUCCCGGUGGUCUAACCAGUGGGAAGCUAGUGGGCAAUGGUAGUAGUUCCACUGAGACAGGCCAAUCACUUCCCCCCAGGAGUUCCAACUCUACCCCCAUUAGCCAGCCAGGCUCUAUGAAUCCUAGUCUGCCAUUUACUUCCUCUCCUGAUGCACCUCCAUCUCAGAAUCCUCUAUCUCUUAUCAUGUCACAGAUGUCCAAGUAUGCCAUGCCCAGUUCUACUCCUCUCUACCAUGAUGCAAUCAAAACAAUUGCUACGUCCGAUGAUGAGAUGCUGCUUGAUCGACCUCUUCUGUCUGGUGUCAGCAUUGGAGGAACCAUGGGGAACCCCCAGACUUCUCAGAUACUUGUUUCCCAGGGCUCCAUUGGUCCUCACAGUGAUCCACAAAGCCCCAUGGGUAUUGUCAGCCAAGGGCAGCAGCACUUGUCCCAUGACGCCUCAGGACCUGUGCUUUCAUCCCCAAACCAAAUGGGCAUGCCUGCCAUCAAUUCUGCCAUGAUGGGAGGAGGUGCACCUGAUGGAAUGGGGCCCUGCAAUGUUUCACCCAUAUCUCAGAAUCAGAUGGCAAGUUUUCCUCGCAUGCAGCCAUCAUCACAUGGACCCAUGCACUCACCUAUUGGAGGAAUGUCACAGAACUUCUCUCAAUCUAAUGAUGAUAUUUUGCCAUCCCAGCAGUUACACCUGCUUAACAAAGGUCAUUCUCACCAGCAUCCCUCUCAUCCUUCAGACUCAUUUGCCUCUCUACCCAUGGGGGACGGCCCAGAUCUAAGUGAAGUCAUACGCCCCACUCAUACAGGGAUCCCAGAGUUUGAUCUAUCCCGCAUCAUUCCUUCUGAUAAACCAAGUAGCACUCUUCAGUAUUUCCCCAAGAGUGAGCCACAUCAGGGGCCACCAUCCCAGCAACCUACUCCACAGCAGCUCCUUAAACAGCUUUCUUCUGGCCCUCCACACAGCAGCGGGCCUUCGUCCAACCCCCAUUUGGCAAACCUACAGAAUAUGAUGGCCGAACAGCAGCUGCCCCCUCACCCCUCACAUGGCGGAAUACGCCAAAACAUGGGUAUUCCUCAAGGGGUGCCUAGGGGUAUGGUUUCUGGUGGGGGUAUGGGCCCCAUGUGCCCCCCUGGACAUAUGAUGGGAAGGACAGGCAUGAUGCCUCAGCAGCAGUUCCAGCAACAGCAAGCCAUGAUGGCCAACAGCCUUCUCCACCAUACUUCCAGUCCAUAUCCCGGCAUAAUGUCCUCCCAGCAGCACCCACACAGUCUGAUGGCACAGCAAAACAUUAUGAUGAUGCAGGCAAAACAGCGAAGUAUGUCAAUUCCAGGGGAUCCCUUUGGCCCCCAGGGUCCUCUAAUGUCCCCCCAGGGUCCCAUGAUGGGCCCUCCCCAUCCACAGUCUGGUAUGAUGGGCCCUCAGUCUCUCAGACAGCGGGGAAUGUCUCUGGACAGUCCCAUUGGCUAUGGCCCCGGAGGUAUGGCCAAUAUGCCGUUUUGAUCCAUCUCACAUAAACUGUUUAAAAAAAAAAAAAAAAAAAGUCUGUGACCUUCCCACCAUUGUGUCCAAAUGUUUUCAUUAAUGUUAUUAUUGCAGUUGUUUGAAGAGAGGAAUUGUAAAAACAGUAUAUCGGUGAUAAUCUUCAAAUUUUGGAUUACAGCUGAUUUAAAAAGUGAAUAUUUAAAAGCAGUAUAAAACGGUUCAGUAACAAAUCUGAAGCCAUUUUCUUAAAUACUGUAAAAUAUGUAUAGUUCAAAGAUGUGUGUAUUUGUUGUGGGAACAGCGCGGUGGUCAGGAGAGGAGUGCCUCAAAUUAAAUUUUUUUUUUUUAUAUCAUUGAUUUAUUUUCUGCAACCACCAAACAUAUAUAUACUUGCUGUAUAUAAGAUGCAAUUAGUGAUUGUUUGCAGUUGUUCUGUAUAACUGUUUUAAUAGAAGUCUAAAAAUAGAACAAUACUGAUCUCUGAGGUGGUUUUGGUUAUUGUGUUGUCAAUUAUAGUUGUUUGAUAACACUGACAAUGGGACAUUGUUGUUGUAUAAUAUCUGAAGUCUUUAUUAGUUAUAGCUAAAAUACAAGCAAAAACAAAUUUCAGCCAAGAAUAAC